AUUUGCUCCCAUAUAUAUUCCAACCAUUUCUGCAUUGUCCAGUCAUCCCAAAUUUGUGGGCCUCAAACUGUUCCUUGUAUUUCAGGCGCUGUUCCUGAAGACAUCAUCGAAGACAUAAAAGUUCGCACCUGCUUUGUAAGCGACCUCCAGCGGGGGCUGAAAAUCCAGGCGGCCAAGUUCAACAUGGACGGCAACGCUGAGCGUCCAACUCCGCCGCCGGAUGUCGACUACCCGCUGGACGGAGAGAAGAUCUUGCACGUGAACGGAGCCAUCAGAGAUUCUGUGGUCGAAAUACUCUUCGAACAGGACAACGAAGAGCAGUCGGUGGCCACUUUGAUAUUGGACGCGCUCCUACAGUGCCCGAUAGACACCAGGAAGCAGCUAGCGGAGAACCUGGUGGUGAUCGGGGGCACGGCCAUGCUGCCAGGGUUCCUGCACCGGUUGAUGGCGGAGAUCAGGCACCUGGUGGAGAAGCCCAAGUACAAGGAGACGCUGGCCACCAAAGCCUUCCGCGUGCACAGCCCGCCCGCCAAGCCCAACUGCGUGGCCUGGUUGGGAGGAGCAAUCUUCGGAGCCCUCCAGGAUAUCCUCGGGAGCCGUUCAGUGUCGAAGGAGUACUACAGCCAGAUGGGCCGCGUCCCCGACUGGUGUUGCCUCAACAACCCUCCCUUGGAAAUGAUCUUCGACGUCGGCAAGACCCCGCCUCCGUUGAUGAAGAGAGCCUUUUCCACUGAGAAAUAGGGGAUCCGGUUGAUACGGGACCCCCGCUCACUCGAUGUUUCCCCAUCCAGUUUUCUUUCCCGCUUCCCGGUGGCUGCGACGGAGCGGCAAGCGGAGAGUCCACCAAACUGCCGCCAUACCUGGAGGUCGCCCCUUCUGUCCGGCAGAACCAGCCCCAUUUAUUUAUAGAUACAGGUUGCAAGAUCUGUAAAGGUUGCCUGCCCCCUUCCCCACCCCCUCUUGUGCCCUUGACCCUUAUGUAUUAUUUAAAGUCCUUCAGAUACGGGGUAAGGGAGAACUCUUUUGGAACCUGAAACUGCACGCAUCACUUCCUCUGCCGGAUUCAACGCUGUGUUUAUUUUGCAUUAGUAGUAGCUGGAAUAUUAAAAGAAAUCAGCAGGGUUAUCCCGCUCUAACACUGCCUCUUA